UAUUUAAAAAAAAUUCUCUCUACCUCAACCAAAGUCGAAAGAAUGGUUGUUGAGAAAAAUAGAAGAAAUAAGAUGAAGAGUCUCUUUUCCAACCUCAACUCUCUUUGCCCUAACUAUAAUCCCAAGGUAGCUUUACCACUACCUGAUCAAAUAGACGAAGCUAUAAACUACAUUAAGAGCUUAGAGACGAAGUUGAAAUCGGCGAAGGAGAAGAAAGAAAGUUUAAUGAGAAACAAGAGGUUGCGUAGUGGCUGCUUGAAUUCUUCUGGAGUAAAAGGAAGCAUAAAAUCACCAAAAAUAGAGAUUCAUGAAAAUGGUUCUUCUCUACAAGUUAUUGUAACAUGUGGGGUUGAUGAACAGUUUAUUUUCUGUGAAAUUAUGAGAAUAUUGCAUGAAGAUUACGGGGAGGUCAUCUCUGCAAAUUCUUCACUGGCCGGAGAUUCAGUUAUUCAUGUUGUGCAUGCAGAGAAUCCGCAAUCUUUGUUUCAAUUUGGAGCGACCAAAGUAAGCGAGAGAUUGAAAAGGUUUGUGAACGGAUCUGUGGAAGAGGUGCAAAUAGAGCCUCAAUUAUGGGAUUUUGAGAUUGGAAAUGAGAGUUGGGAUCUAAGUUCUAUAGUAAACAAGUGUUUACCAAAUUCUUAA